AUGAAAAAUUAGAAGUAUUUGAAGAUUAAUUAAUCAAAUAAGGAUUUCUUUUGAAGAUAAUAGUUUUAUAAUAAAUAAACAAUUAAAGCUAUAUAGAGAAAUACAAAUUUUGCAACAAAUUCAAUUGGUAUAAAUUAUUCUUCAGCUAAAUCCCUAUUGGCUAAAUUUAGAGCUAAACAUAAAAUAUAGAAAAUUAGAAAAUUAGAAAGAAUAUAGUUAAGAGAAUAUAAAAUACAAAAGGAGUGAAAAGACGCUAAUAUAAGACUCUAAAUAGAUGUCUUAAGAUUAAGUAAUUAUUUAUGGAAAUCAAAUCAUCUGUUUCAUAAGGUUUGAGUUGUAUAUAUAUGAUUUUAUUGGAGUAACAUUAUAUGAAUAUUAUUUAAUUAAAAUGAGUGGAGGCACAAGAGUUAAUUAAUAUUUCCAAAGUAACAAUCAUAGAGGAGGUAGUGCUCUAAAAGGUGGAAGAUUGCAAACUAAUAUUCAAACUCCCAAAAUGAAAAUGCAUAACUCUUUCAAUGAUUAACUUGUUAUACACAACUUAUAGAAUCAUCCUUUAUAAUUAAGAUAAAGUCCAUCUUUUAAAUAUAAAACUCAUAGACUCUCACUCAAAUAAGAUGAUACAUAAUAAUAAAACAAAAUCUCAGAAACUUAUGCUAGAAAAACCAGGAUCACAGUCUUAGAAUCUUUUUAUAAUCAAUUAGGAACUGACGAAGACAUUUCUCUUGUUAAAAAUUCACCUUAAAAAAAGCAAAAACCUAUUAUUCUAACACCCAAAUCUCAGACAACCUAUUUUGGUGGAUAACAAAAUUAAAUGAAUGAAAUUGAUAAUAUUGAAGAAGCUCAUUUUCAAUUUGUUUGUAUGCAACAAAAAUAUAAAUCCUGGCUUGAAAAUUUUGAAAAGAAAAACCACAGCAAAUGACC